ACAUACACUCACCACACAUUCACUCAGCACACACUCACCUUCCUCCAGUCCACCCUGCCAUGGCCGCCUCCACCAUGUCUGUCUGCUCUGAUGCUCGCACCAACUCCUCCUGGCAGGUGGACGACUGCCCAGAGAGCUGCUGUGAGCCUUGUAGCUGUGCCCCCAGCUGCUGCCAGCCCAGCUGCUGUGUUCCUUGCUGUGCCCCCAGCUGUUGCCAGGCCAGCUGCUGUGCCCCCAGCUGCUGUGCCCCAACCCCUUUCCUCCUCUGCACCCCAGUGAGCUGUGUGUCCAGCCCCUGCUGCCAGUCAUCCUGCUGCACACCCUCAUGCUGCCAGCAGUCUAGCUGCCAGCCAGCUUGCUGCACCUGCUCCCCCUGCCAGCAGCCCUGCGGUGUGACCCUUUGCUGCAAGCCUGUCUGCUGUGUGCCAGUCUGCUGUGGUGCUUCCUCCUCAUGCUGCCAGCAGUCUAGCUGUGAGCCCUCUUGCUGCACCUCCUCCCCCUGCCAGCAGCCCUGCGGUGUGACCCUUUGCUGCAGGCCUGUGUGCUGCACACCCAUCUGCUCUGCCUCCUCCUCCUCCUGCUGCCAGCCCUCCUGCUGUGCUCCUGUGUACUGCAAGCCUGUGUGCUGCAAGCCCUGCUCCAGCCUGUCCCUGCUGUGCCGCCCUGUGUGCAGACCUGCCUGCUGUGUGCCUACCUCCUCCUGCUGUGCCUCCUCUUGCCAGCCCAGCUGCUGUCGCCCAGCCUCCUGUGUGUCUCUGCUGUGCCGCCCUGCCUGCUCCAGACAGGCCUGCUCUGGACAGAAGUCCACCUGCUGAUGGCCUUUCUAAUGCUUUCGAGUCCCCAAGGUGCAGGUCUGGUACCCUCAGAGUCUUGAGCCAAGUGGUCCUGCUGCCACGCUGUGCACAGCCUGGUACCCAUGUCUCCCUGCUCAGCUCCCAGUAUCUUCUCCUUUGCCUUUUCCCACACUCCUUUGCAUCUGGCCUAAUGGUGGCUACUAUCCUGUGACCCGCUGACUAGCUGUGAUUCCUGCAAAGCUUCUGAGGCGUCCUCAGAACAUCUGGCCAGCUAUGGGAACAAGCUUCAUGUGGCAUGAGUCGCUCUUUCUGGGACGCUGAACUGCAUCCAAUGGCGCCUUUCCACUGGCUAUUGGCUGUGUGUGCCCUGCUCUUCUGAAGUAGUCACUACCGAGCUGACUCCAAGGAGACCUUUUGCGGGUACUAGACACCUGCCAUAGUUAGGCCAGCCAGGCUAUCUGAGUUCUGACACCCCUCUCUGCACUCCUGUCCCCUGUGCAGGCUUCAGAACUAAGGUGACCUUGGGUCUCCUUCUCUGUGACCCUCCCUCAUCCACUCAUUGCUCCUCCCUGCCCUCUCUGCCUUCCCCUCACUAUCUUGUGAAAUAAAGCAAGAUUCUC